GCCAUUAUCUCGCGGCAGGCCCGGAGACGCCAUUUCCCCGAGUCGCCGGGCGGGGUCCGCCGCCCUCCGCCCGCCCGGGCCCGGGACGCCGCGCAGGGCCGCGCGGGGUGGCCGGGGGCUCCGGCGGCCGGGAGCACGUGGCGGGCGGGCGCGCCUCCCGCUCGGGCCCCGCCGCCCUCCCUGCCCGCAGGCCCCCUCCCCGCUUACCUGCGGCUUCGGCGCCCGUAGCCGCCGCCCCCGUACCUGCGGGGUGGCGGCCCGCGGCGGCUGUGGUGCGAGUCCGGGGGGCGGCCGUAGCGCGCCAUCUGCACCCGCAGCUCGCGGCCGUCCAGCACCGCCCCGUCCAUGGCGUCCAUGGCGUCUUCGGCGUCGCGCUUGUCGUGGAAGCGCACGAAGGCGAAGCCGCGGGACUCCUUGGUGUAGCGGUCCCGCGGGAUGUACACGUCGCCGACGCGCCCGUACUUCUCGAAGACGCGCCUCAGGGUGUCGGGCGAGGUGCGGUAGGUCAGGUUGUCCACCUUGAGGGAGGUCAUGCCCUCCACAUCGGGCGGCGGGCGGCCGUAACUCAUGGCCUCGGAGAGCUCGGCCCGGGGGCCCCGGGAGCUGCGCGCCGAGAAAACUGACGCCUGGGCGGACCCGCGCGCUGCGGCGGCGGCGGUUUCCUUAGGUUCGCUCGGCUCGGCGCCGCGCCUCUUCCCGACAGCUGCUUUUCGCGAGUUAGUGAGUGGAGAGGGAAAGGGGAACAACGCGAGUAACAAACCCCACGACCUACGCUACCUGAGACCCAACUGAGCGAGCUAGCGCCUCAGCGCCCGUUUAUAGCUGUCCUCACAAAAUGGCGCCCGCGCCACCCGGAAAUGAAUCUUCUGAUUGGCUCGCCCCGCCCCGCCCCGUAACGUCGGCGCCGCGCGCCCCGCCCUCGCCCAGCGCGCCUGCGCAGAGUCCAGCGGGCGGGCAGAAAAGCGCGGAGUCACUGCUGAGGGGAGGGGGGGAGUGGAAUGUAUGGGCAGUUGGAAAGCCCGCGAAACGCGAGGCCGCCGCCGGAGCCCUCGGACUGGAGGAAGGGGAAGUGUUCCUUAGUUUGGGAUUCGCCUUCUGUUGCCAAUAUCCGACUUCCACGCAGCUUUUCUGCUCGGAUCUCAGCCCCGCUUCUGUCAGAGGGUACUCCUCCCAAUUGCCUCCGUGUGCUCCUGACCUCCUCAGACCCGCCACGUCCCCUCCAGGCCCCUUCCCACAGUUCUCCCACUCCUCGCCGGGCUCCCUUUUGCAGCCUCCCUCCCCUUGGGCCCACCCGCCCAGCUCCGCAACUCUCUGGGGCAGGGGAAGCCAUCGCCGAGUACCCGUGCAGUUUUGGCCGCCCAGGACUACAUUUCCCAGCGGGCUGUGCGGCCUGCACCGCGCUGUGGUCAGGUGACCGGGUCAGCUGACUGGGCCUCCUGACCUGCCGAGAGUCAGGGCCCGGCGGGCGGGGCCGCGUCGGCCGCUGCGAGCUCUCCCUUGACUCUCUUAAUUCCUCUGUGGGCCCCUUUACCUGAAGGAACAACGUUCCUGGCGUUUCUGCGGAUGCUGGGCUCUUCCUUACUCGGAUCGCGUCCUCGGAAUGUCCUGACUCUUCCCGUAGGAAGAACUUCACCCUAAGCCCGGAAUUCUGAUCCAGGACUUGGAAGUUGACAGCUCGGCUGCCUCGCUACCGCAUCUACUUUCUCCUCUCACCAUCUCAUUUCUUUCCUCAGGCUUCCUAGUGGGUUCGCCACGUGGAGAGCUGACUGCCCGGGGCUGCUGCUGACCUCCGGCAGAGCAGAGCCAAAAUGUCCCCGGAAUCUAAAAAGCUUUACAACAUCAUUAUUUUAGGAGUUGCUUUUAUGUUUAUGUUCACCGCCUUUCAAACUUGUGGAAAUGUGGCGCAAACUGUCAUCAAGAGCUUAAAUAGUACAGAUUUUCACGGGAGUGGCUAUACCAGCAUGGCAAUUAUUUAUGGAGUGUUCUCUGCUUCAAAUUUGAUUACACCGUCUGUGGUUGCCAUUGUAGGACCUCAACUCUCUAUGUUUGCUAGUGGUUUAUUUUACAGCAUGUACAUUGCCGUUUUUAUCCAGCCUUUCCCGUGGUCCUUCUACACAGCCUCUGUUUUCAUUGGAAUUGCAGCUGCUGUGCUUUGGACAGCACAAGGAAAUUGCCUGACAAUAAAUUCAGAUGAGCUCACUAUUGGGAGAAACAGUGGAAUUUUCUGGGCGCUCUUGCAGUCCAGCUUGUUCUUUGGAAAUCUCUACAUAUAUUUUGCUUGGCAAGGAAAAACUCAAAUAUCAGAGAGUGACCGAAGAACAGUGUUUAUUGCCCUGACAGUGAUUAGCCUUGUGGGGACAGUUCUUUUCUUUCUCAUUAGGAAACCAGAUUCUGAAAAUAUCUUGGGAGAAGAUGAGUCUUCUGAUGACCAGGACAUGGAAGUCAACGAGUCUCCCCAGAGCAAUAUGACCAAGGCAGUAGAUGCAUUUAAAAAGUCUCUUAAGUUGUGCGUCACCAAAGAGAUGCUCCUUCUUAGUAUAACGACUGCAUAUACAGGGUUGGAAUUAACUUUCUUCUCUGGUGUGUAUGGAACUUGCAUUGGUGCUGUAAAUAAAUUUGGAACAGAAGAGAAAAGCCUCAUUGGACUUUCCGGCAUUUUCAUCGGCAUUGGAGAAAUUUUAGGUGGGAGCCUCUUUGGCCUGCUGAGCAAGAACAAUCGUUUUGGAAGAAAUCCAGUUGUGCUGUUGGGCAUCCUCGUGCAUUUUGUAGCUUUUUAUUUAAUAUUUCUCAACCUGCCUGGGGAUGCCCCUAUUGCACCUGCUGAAGGAACCGAUAGCAUGGCUUACAUCAAAUCCAGCAAAGAAGUCGCCAUCUUUUGCAGUUUUCUGUUGGGCCUGGGGGAUAGCUGCUUCAAUACCCAGCUGCUCAGCAUUUUAGGUUUUCUCUAUUCCGAAGACAGCGCUCCAGCUUUUGCGGUCUUUAAGUUUGUUCAGUCCAUUUGUGCAGCUGUGGCGUUUUUCUACAGCAACUACCUUCUCCUUCAUUGGCAACUCCUGCUCAUGGUGAUAUUUGGGUUUUUUGGAACUCUCUCAUUCUUCACGGUGGAAUGGGAAGCUGCCGCCAUCGUAGCCCGUGGCUCCGACUACCGAAGUAUUUGAUCAGGAUGCCCGUGAGAGGAGCUCCUGGCAACCAGUGAUCUCCUUUCUGUCUUUAUGGAUUCACCUAUUCUAGACAUUUCAUGAAAAUGGAAGUGCUCACUGUUAAAUGUGAUAUUCAACUGUACAAAUCAAGAGUUUUCUGGCAAAAUAAAUUCAGCCAGGAGGACAAUAA